AUGAAUGCUCUCGAACGGAUCCUUUCACGGCCUGUCGCCAAACCGUAUCGGUCAAAAGGCAUCGAUCCAACGGUCAAACCCCACCUGAACGAAAAUGGCCACCUCGACUUUGCUCCGGGGGAUUUAGAGAACCCAAAAGACUGGUCGACGGGCCGUCGUUGGUAUUGCACUGUUGUGGCAAUCCUUCUUGUUGUGAAUGCGACAUUCGCGUCCUCCAGUCCUUCAGGAUGUCUUGUUGGUAUCGCCGAAGAAUUCCACAUCUCAAGGGUGGCUGCCGGGCUGGUAAUCACUUUGUUCCUCUUGGGCUAUUGCGCAGGCCCACUGAUAUUUGCCCCUUUAUCUGAGUUUUAUGGCCGACGCUGGGUAUUCUAUAUUUCCUUCACGGGGUACCUGGCAUUCAACUUCCUCUGUGCCUUUGCACCCAACUUUGGAUCGUUACUCGUCGGUCGGCUUCUGACCGGCACAUUUGCAAGCGCCCCUUUGACCAAUGCUCCUGGCGUGCUUGCCGACAUCUGGGGACCCGUCGAACGAGGGAAUGCUAUGGCGAUAUUUUCAAUGAUGACCUUCGUAGGUCCGGCGGUCGGGCCAGUCGUUAGUGGAUUCCUGGAACUCAAGAAAGACUGGAGGUGGAGUUUCUACGUGCUGUUAUGGCUUGGUGGAAUCACGGAAGCUAUCAUGUUCACCAUACCAGAAACGCUGCCUUCGGCAGUGUUAGUGAACAAAGCCCGCCGUCUCCGUGCAACUGAUGUGCCAGAGUACCAGAACAUCCGAGCCCCUGCGGAGGCAGAAGGACGGAAAUUGGCAGAUAUGUUCAGAGUCGCAUUGAUCCGGCCUUGGAAAAUCCUCUUCGACACGAUCUCAUUCCUGGUCGCCAUAUAUCUAUCGGUGGUUUACGUCCUCCUGUAUAUGCUUUUCACGAUCUAUCCGAUUGUUUUCCAACAAAAGCGAGGCUGGAAUUCUGGAGUGGGAGAACUUCCACUACUGGGCACCGCCAUCGGCGCAUGCAUCGGCGGUGCAAUCAUCUUCUGGGUAUCGUCGCGAGAUAAAAAGAAAAUGGAAGCCGGAGUCCCACGACGACCGGAGGAUCGCCUUCCCGUUGCCAUGUUCGCUGGAGUUCUCUUCGCAGUCACCAUGUUCUGGUUCGCAUGGACCGCCAACUUCAACAGCAUCCACUGGUUCGUCCCCGUGCUCGCAGGCACCUUGCUCUCCACAUCCAUCAUGUUGAUCUUCGUCUCUUGGCUCAAUUACCUCACCGAUACCUAUCUCAUGUACACGGCUAGUGCAAUGGCCGCGAACACGAUCUGCCGAUCCGCAGCGGGCGCUGCCGCCCCGCUCUUCACGCAGCGGAUGUUUGACGUUCUUGGAGUCGGUGGUGGUGGAUCGCUCAUUGGUGGCAUCGCAAUUCUCCUCGCACCCAUCCCAUUCAUAUUCUACAAAUACGGCGAGCCGAUCCGGGUCAAAAGUCGCUUCGCACCAACGCCCUCAGCUUCAUCGAACGACGAGGAAAAACAAAACCCAACAAACUCAGGAACACGCCAAGCGGGAGUGCAGGGAGCGCAGAGUGUCAAUUCUAGCUCCUCUCCAUCUACCUCUUCUCUGAGCAGUGCCGAAUCGUUGGUCAACCCAUCUGCAGACUCGUCGGCGGAUGUUCUACAGCGGGAGAAAACUUUGGAGAAGCAAGAAGCCUAA